UUUACGCACUCUUGGCUUCCUUGGAGCCUAGCGGCUCUCCCCGCGUCCAAGAUGGCGGCAGAAGCAGCUGGUGGGAAAUACAGAAGCACAGUCAGCAAAAGCAAAGACCCCUCGGGGCUGCUCAUCUCUGUGAUCAGGACUCUGUCUACUAGUGACGAUGUCGAAGACAGGGAAAAUGAGAAGGGUCGCCUUGAAGAAGCCUAUGAGAAAUGUGACCGUGACCUGGAUGAAUUGAUUGUGCAGCACUACACAGAAUUGACGACAGCCAUUCGCACAUACCAGAGCAUCACAGAGCGCAUCACUAACUCCCGAAAUAAAAUAAAGCAGGUAAAAGAGAACCUGCUUUCAUGCAAGAUGCUGCUGCACUGCAAACGGGAUGAGCUUCGGAAACUAUGGAUUGAAGGAAUUGAGCAUAAGCAUGUCCUGAACUUGCUGGAUGAAAUUGAGAAUAUCAAGCAAGUGCCUCAAAAGCUGGAACAGUGCAUGGCCAGCAAGCACUAUCUCAGUGCCACUGACAUGCUGGUGUCAGCAGUUGAGUCUUUGGAGGGCCCCCUGCUCCAGGUGGAAGGACUGAGUGACCUUCGACUAGAGCUUCACAGCAAGAAGAUGAACCUCCAUUUGGUUCUCAUAGAUGAACUACACCGGCACCUGUACAUCAAAUCGACUAGCCGAGUUGUGCAGCGUAACAAGGAAAAGGGGAAAAUGAGCUCCCUUGUGAAAGAUGCUUCUGUUCCUCUGAUUGAUGUUACAAACCUCCCUACUCCUCGAAAAUUCCUUGAUACCUCUCAGUAUUCUACUGCUGGAAGCUCUAGUGUGAGGGAGAUAAAUCUGCAGGACAUCAAGGAAGAUUUAGAACUGGAUCCAGAGGAAAACAGCACCCUUUUUAUGGGUAUCCUCAUUAAGGGUCUGGCCAAACUGAAGAAGAUCCCAGAGACAGUUAAGGCAAUCAUAGAGCGCUUGGAGCAGGAGCUGAAGCAAAUUGUGAAGCGGUCUACAACCCAGGUGGCAGACAGUGGCUAUCAGCGGGGGGAGAACCUUACUGUGGAGAACCAACCAAGGUUGCUUCUAGAACUGCUGGAGUUACUGUUUGACAAGUUUAAUGCUGUAGCCACUGCACACUCUGUGGUCCUGGGAUACCUGCAGGACACUGUAGUGACUCCACUGACUCAGCAGGAAGAUAUCAAACUGUAUGACAUGGCAGAUGUAUGGGUGAAGAUCCAAGAUGUUCUACAGAUGCUGUUAACUGAGUACUUGGAUAUGAAAAAUACUCGUACGGCUAGUGAACCAUCAGCUCAACUAAGCUAUGCCAGCACUGGACGAGAAUUUGCAGCCUUUUUUGCCAAGAAGAAACCUCAAAGGCCAAAAAAUUCUCUUUUCAAGUUCGAAUCAUCCUCCCAUGCCAUCAGUAUGAGUGCCUAUCUGCGAGAACAGAGAAGGGAACUCUAUAGUCGGAGUGGAGAACUGCAAGGGGGUCCUGAUGACAACUUAAUUGAAGGUGGAGGAACAAAAUUUGUCUGCAAACCUGGAGCCAGAAACAUUACCGUCAUAUUCCACCCAUUACUAAGAUUUAUUCAGGAGAUUGAGCAUGCCCUGGGUCUUGGCCCAGCCAAACAGUGUCCUCUUCGAGAGUUUCUCACCGUGUACAUCAAAAACAUCUUUCUCAAUCAAGUCUUGGCUGAGAUCAACAAGGAGAUUGAAGGAGUCACUAAAACAUCUGACCCUUUGAAGAUUCUGGCUAACGCAGACACCAUGAAGGUGCUGGGAGUGCAGCGGCCUCUCCUACAGAGCACAAUCAUUGUGGAGAAGACAGUGCAAGACCUCCUGAACCUGAUGCAUGACUUGAGUGCAUAUUCAGAUCAAUUCCUCAACAUGGUGUGCGUGAAGCUCCAGGAGUACAAGGACACCUGCACUGCAGCUUACAGGGGUAUUGUCCAGUCAGAAGAAAAACUUGUUAUCAGUGCAUCCUGGGCAAAAGAUGAUGAUAUCAGCAGACUCUUGAAAUCUCUACCAAACUGGAUGAAUAUGGCUCAACCCAAACAGCUGAGGCCAAAAAGAGAGGAGGAAGAAGAUUUCAUAAGGGCAGCUUUUGGCAAGGAGUCUGAAGUUCUUAUUGGAAACCUGGGUGAUAAAUUAAUCCCUCCACAAGACAUCCUUCGAGACGUCAGUGACCUCAAAGCCUUGGCCAACAUGCAUGAAAGCCUGGAAUGGUUGGCAAGUCGAACAAAGUCAGCUUUCUCCAAUCUUUCUACAUCCCAGAUGCUUUCUCCUGCUCAAGACAGCCACACGAACACAGAUCCCCCCCCAGUGUCAGAGCAGAUCAUGCAGACUCUCAGUGAACUUGCCAAAUCGUUCCAGGAUAUGGCUGACCGCUGCUUGCUGGUCUUACAUCUGGAAGUGAGGGUUCACUGCUUCCACUAUCUCAUCCCUCUUGCAAAGGAGGGGAACUAUGCCAUUGUGGCUAAUGUGGAAAGUAUGGAUUAUGACCCCCUGGUGGUCAAGCUCAACAAAGAUAUCAGCGCCAUUGAAGAAGCCAUGAGUGCCAGCCUUCAGCAGCACAAGUUCCAGUAUAUCUUUGAAGGCCUGGGCCACCUCAUCUCCUGCAUCCUCAUUAAUGGUGCCCAGUACUUCAGGCGCAUCAGUGAGUCUGGCAUCAAGAAAAUGUGUAGGAACAUUUUUGUUCUUCAGCAGAAUUUGACCAACAUCACCAUGUCACGGGAGGCAGACCUGGACUUCGCAAGCUGAAAUAAGUAAAUUAACACAGUUUUUGGCAGACAGUAUGGGGCCUGCAAAACCUGGCAUCUGAAUAAUGCAAUGCUGACUGGGCAGGAUUGAAGUUGGCAUCAGCAGGUCAUGUGCCGAUGAAGCAUUUCUUCAGGAACUAAGUGAGUCCCAACCACGCCACGCCUUUUACAGUUAGAUUGGUGAAUUAUGUCCCAGGAAGUAGGUACAAGUGGCAUGUGGACCACUUGGGAGAUGUACUGCUACUAUUCUUCUUUAUUCUGACAUGGAUUUUUGACAGGAAAUAGGCUAGCAUAAACAUACAGGACUGGCUGAAUCUGUUCUUCUGUUCCUGCUUCAGAAGACAUCUCCUUUCUAAGACUAUAAGCUCCAAGAGGCUUUUUUCUCAGUGCCUGUACCAAAGUAAGUGUUCAUUGUAUGUGCUGAAUGAAUGAACAGAUACCAAAUCAAGGCUAAUUUUGGUGUGGAUGAAGGCCUUGGAUAUUGACAAGUUAGUUUAUGUUUAAUUCCCUGAAGGUUUAAACUAGCCGGCAUGGGUCAGUUUUCUUAUAAGCUUGUAAGAAAAAACAUAUUUUCCUUGCAGUUCAUUCUUUGUAAAACAAAAAGCAUUACAAAAAGAAAUAAUGUAGCCCUACUAUUCAGAGUCUCUUUCCCUCUCAUUUUUUCUUGCUUUUAUACAGACAUACUUUAUAGCCUUAUUUUUCCCCCCUUCUUGUUUUUGAUAGGGACAGGUUUUGUGAAAGGUGCUCCAUCAAUUCUACCAUAUUUGAAGCUAUGUAAAAUAAAUAAAACAGCAAUACCAAAAUAGCCAGAAAUAAUAGACUGCAGCAGUAUACCUCAGCAUUCCUGAAGCAAUGUCUAAUCAAGCAUGGACAGCAUCUGUACUUUCAGCAAAUCUCUAUAGGAAUGUUAUCUGCUAACACAGUAAUUAAUCACUACUUGCCAUGUGUCAGAAAACUUAUUUAACAAGAAGUUGCAAAGUGCUUGUAGUUUUCUUACCUUCUCAGCCUUCCUGGCCAGUGGAAAAUAUAACACCUUUCUGUAAUAAAGAAAUGAGGGAUCUGGAGCAAUUCCAUUGAUGUUGAUUCUUCUACUCAUAGUAUUUUUUCUUGUCUCUCUCUUUUCAUAUACACCUUUCCUCUAACUGAUCUCUAAUAGGAGGGUAGAUCUUGGGUGAGCAAAGGAACCAGACAACCUGUAACAUUACCAGAAGUACAGAGAGCCUCUGUCCUCUAUGGUAAUGAUCAUUUAAGCUGUCUUACGGUUUUGACCCCACUGUUAAUUUUCAGAGUCAAAAAGAUCCAGGAAAAUCAGUGCAGAUGAGUUAGAAGGUGGAAGGGCUUUAUGAGUGUGCUUUUUUAGUUCCUUUCAUCACAGAGCAUCUUAACUUGAGCUGUCAUGUGCCCUUCCACAUGUGAGUCACAGAAGCCUCCUAGGAGUCCAGAUGGUGGGAGCAUAACAAGAGAGGUCCAAAUGAAUGGUGACUGGAGUCCCCAGGGUGUAUCUGACAACCCUUCUAGCUUGAGUGAUGCCAUCGUUCAAAAAGAAUAUCCCAGAGUUUUCUUCCCAGUUCUCUCCUCUUUACCCCAUUUUGUCUCUUUCUCUACCUCUUCAACUGUCUCUUUUUUCUCCUUGAUUUCUCCAAUAACUCUACUUCCUGCUGUCCUCCUUCAAGGUUUCAUUGCUCCUCAGUUUUUCCCCUGAUUUUGGUUCUCCUUGGACUGGUAUCUUUCACUCUUAAACCUGUGCAAGAUAAGGAAACAAAAGCUGCAGUUCAGGAAGUAGUAGGGCAAAAAAUUGUAACACCCAAGACAGAUUCCUCGCCCUGUUAUUCCUUCAUUUCUUCAUUCCUUCAUCAAAUAUUUAUUCAGUGUAUGUUCUCUGUAGGUCCCGGCCUCAUAAAACUUGCAUUACUGUGGGGCAAGAUGCAAAGUAAUAAAUAAGUAAAAUAUAUAUAAAGUAUUUCAGAUGAUAAUAUAUGCUGUAGUUAAAAAAAAAAAAAA